AUGCCCAGCGAUACGACACAUGCUAACAUCCUCCGAGUCUAUAGCUAUGAGCCGGGCUUGAAAACAACCAAGCAAAAGCGUACCCUGGAAUUGCCGCCUACCGUAGAAGAUUUAUCAGCAAUAAACCUGGGCUUCAUCCGCGGAAUUUUGGCGAAAAAUGGGGUCUUCGAAGCGCCCGACGCAAAAGCUCCUUUUUGUAAUGCCUUGGGUGCCGAGAUGUCGGACGAUAUGACCUUUAACAUGUACAAGGGUCAAUUGGACGAACCAAAGCAAGCGGGAGAAGACACGCAGGUUUACUACAAGAAGAGGAAGACCACUAGCGUCUUGGAUAAUGUGGCCACAGACUUCCUCAAGAAAAAGCUGGACUUGAAACUCCAGCAAGCGCCAGCACUGAAAGAUGUCAGAGCAGAAAUCCUUGCAUCUGCAUUCAAGGGUAGCGAGUGGAAAGCCACCACAAGCGAGCGAAGCAUUGCAGCAAAUCUGACAGAACGUGACUGGAGCGUGAUCACCCGAACCAACUGUCUGCUUAGCGGACACAAACUAGUGACCCGCGAGGCAAAAGUCUCUGAUACUGAGACGAAAAUCAUACCUCAGGGAGUUGCAAGUACCCCAUUCAAUGCCUUCAAAUUGAAGCCGCGCAUUUUCAGCGACUACGAAGUUGCAGCCCCGCCAACUUCUGGGAACGGGGCCACAACAAGUGCUGAGAGUGGCAAUCUUUUAUUCCACAUCCCGCGGUUCCGAGUGGAUGAUGCCUCGAGCGUCGACGUCGUGGAGACACGAAAGGCAUUGCAAUCUUCACUGGCCAGUAGCGCAUUUUCCAAAACAUCUAUAGAAGCAUCAGCGGGCGGCGGAGUUUGGGGUGUCUCGGCAGCCGUAAAGGCCGGAUUCUCUCUCAGUGAGACGGAGCAAAAUAUUGAGGCGGAGGCCAAGGAUAAUCAUGAAACUCAUGUGUCCUACAACUUUCCUCGGGUGACCAUCUUUUUGGAUGCAACGUCCCUCGAGCUCACGCCCGAAGUCAAGGCGGAUAUCCCCAAAGUCAGGGGCAAACAGUCAUUGAUAGCUUUUGGAGAUAAAUACGGAGACAUCUUCUCUCGAAAAGUUAAAGUUGGUGGCAAACUCACUUCUACUAACAAGGUCGGCUCAAAAACCAAGACAACCGAGACGCAGCGCGAAAAUGCACUGAAGGUUUCGGCAGCUGCGUCUGUCUCCGGAUAUUACGGAUCCGGAUCCGCUGAGGGAAGUGGUAGUGGUGGGAGUGGUCACCUGGAUGGCAACAACAAGCAGGACUUUGAUAGCAACAUGACCUGGGAAGCAACGGGCGGAGACUCUACCCUGUGUAAUAAUCCUCCGAAGUGGUGUGGCACCGUUGGGAACUUUUACAACUGGCGGGUUGUCGAGAAUGACAACUGUAUCCCACUCCCUGAACUGAUCAGUACUUUCGAAGGCUUUGAACACGUUAAUCAACGGUUCAAGAAAGCGGCUGAAUUCAAUGAUACCAACCAGAUUGGGGACCGUGUAUACCUAUGAUGACAGAUAGUCGAAAAACAGGAGUUAAUCCUCAAGCUACCCCUAUGUGUGUGAUCUGUUUUUUAGGGGCCCAGAAUCCAUUAUAUUCAUCAUGCGGCUGGAAAUCAAGUUCGUGAAGCUCCACUCUUUCACUUGAGCUAAGAACAAGCCUUCUUAGCUCAUCUCGUGUUUGCGAAUCAGCCGACACUAUUAUAGUUAGCCCAGUGGUCCUGAAUACCAGGAAUUACAUACCAG